UUUCAAUACAACACACACCUCUCUACAGUAUAUAUACUGACUAUUACAACAGCCACACGCACACACACACACAGCUGGCAUCUGACAGAGCACUGAGAUAAAGACUCAAACCAAGAACCAUGAAGGUGUUUGUGGUACUGGUUCUGGCUGUGUUCACAGGCUGCCAAGCCAACUUGUUCUAUGCUGAUGAACCCAAACCACAGCUGGAGCAACUGACUGAUGCUUUCUGGGACUAUGUUGCCAAGGCAACACACACUGCUGAGGACACACUGAAAACAAUUAGAGAGUCUCAACUUGGCCAGGAAGUCAAUGCUAGAAUUACAGAAGGGGCUAAUGUUGCCAGUCAGUAUGCUGUCAGUCUCCAGAACAAAGUGAACCCUCUGGCCCAGGACAUCAUGACCAAAAUCACCAAGGAGGCUGAAGUUCUGAAGGAGCGUCUUGAGCAGGACCUGACCACUGUGAGAGACAAACUGGAGCCCUAUGCUGAUGAUCUGAAGACCCAAAUUCAGCAGAGAGUGGAGGAGCUGAGAGUAGCUGUGGCUCCCUACGCUGAGUCCUUUGACUCUGAAGCUCUGAAAACUACCGUGCUGCAGAAGACCGAGGAGCUCAGGGGAAGUCUGGAGGAGAAAGUGAAGGAGCUGCAGUCCCAGCUGGAGCCCUACACUGAAGAUCUCAGACAGAAAGUAGAUCAGCACCUGCAGGAAUUCCAGAAGACCGUGGCCCCUCUGACUGAGGAUCUUCAGGCCAAGGUUGCUGAGAGAGCCACUUUGGUUCAGCAGAGUCUGGCUCCCUAUGCUGAGGACCUGAGAGAGAAACUGGACCCCUACGCCCAAAACCUGAAGGACCAGCUCACCUCUCUUUAUGAGUCCUUUACCAAGACCAACUAANUAACACAGUAAUAACUUUCCACUCCAAAUGACUAAUAAAUGCAAAAAAUCGUAUGUCUAUGCACAAGACAAUUCCAGUAUUUUCACAGUCAUAAUAAUAGGCUAAUUAAAAGUAUUUAUUUCACACAGAACCUAUAUAUUAUGUCUGGUACAACAUUCCUAAUGUCUUUAAUUUAUAUAAAAUAAAGAACAAACUGAAAACAUA